CAGUGUGUGUGCAUCACUCCUAUCUGUGCUCGAGCGUGUGCUUGCUUGUUGGCUCCAAAGACAACAAGACGGCGCCGGUUCGGUUCGAGCACAAGUAGAGUUGGAACGCAGCUGUUCGGGACCAGAAGACAGACGCUCCCGGACCGCUUCCGAGUUGUAGCCGGGAAAGAGCCGAGGAGGUGAAGGGGGGCACCGGCCGGCGGCUGGCUCCUUGCUCCGGGCACAGCGCGAAGUCCAAAUUGCCCAUUAUUUCCCCUUGCGGAUUAUAAAGCCCAAUGGGCCGCUGCCGUGACACCGCGGAAGUGCUCCCGCUUGUGCUUCUGUGAACCAUGGCAGGGCUCCACGCUUCUUCGGAUCCGUCGGGACAUUUUCUGGACUUAAGCCGGCCGACGCAAGCCUCCGCCGCCGCGGGGCUCGGCGGAGGUGGCGGCACCCGGCCCUACUUGGAGGUGUCGGCCGGCGCUGCCCGGGGCUACGGAGCCGAGGGAGUGUACAGCAACGGCCGCUACCGGGAGCAGAGCAGCCCGACGGUGGGCGAUCGAAGCCGAGAACCGUCCGCGGAGAGGAGCCAGGGAGGAGCGAACACACCUUGCGGCAUCAUGAAGGAUGGGUCCAAGCAGAGGCAGGUGAGGAAAAAGACAGUCUCCUUCAGCUCCAUGCCUAGUGACCGGAAGAUCAAUAGCACAGCAGCAUGCAUGGCUUUCAUGAUGGAGGGCUGCGAGAUGAAGAAGGUGCGCUCCAACUCGCGCAUGUACAACCGAUACUUCCUGCUGGAUCCAGACAUGCACUGGCUCCGUUGGGAGCCCUCCAAAAAAGACUCAGAAAAGGCUAAGCUUGAGAUCAAGAGCAUUAAGGAGGUGCGAUUAGGGAAAAAGACCCCGGUUCUUCGCAGCAACGGUCUGUCUGAUCAGUUCCCAGAUGAAUGCGCGUUCUCGAUCAUCUAUGGGGACAACUACGAGUCACUGGAUUUAGUUGCCACUACAGCAGAUGUGGUUAGUACUUGGGUAAUGGGCCUGAGGUAUCUGGUUUCUUACGGCCGACACCCCGUCGACAUGGUAGAACCCAUUCAACCCAGUGUACGGACAUCUUGGAUUAGCUCAGUCUUUGAGCUCGCAGACAUAGAAAAAGAAGGACACAUUGAUCUAUUUCGGGCCACUCAAAUAAUCAAGGGGCUUAACCCUGGAAUGAAAGAGGCAAUGAUAGAACUUAAGUUCAAAGAACUACAGAAAGCUAAGGACCAAUAUGGAGAGGCAAUUAACAUGGACACAUUUGUGGAGGCCUACUGUGAGCUCUGCACACGUCCAGAAAUUUUUUUCUUGCUGAUGCAGUUCUCCAGCAACAAGGAAUACUUGGACUGUAAAGACCUGAUGCUAUUUGUAGAGGUGGAGCAGGGUGUGGAAGGUGUAACAGAGGACAUGUGCAGGGAUAUGGUUCUGAAAUACGAGCCGUCAGCCAAAGGCAGGGAACGGAUUUACCUCUCCAUCGAUGGCUUUACGCACUACCUCCUGUCCUCUGAAUGUCACAUCUUUGACCCACAGCACAAACGUGUGUGCCAGGAUAUGACUCAGCCCUUGUCCCACUACUACAUCAACUCUUCACAUAAUGCCUCCCUUCUAGAAGAUCACUUCUGGGGUUCAUCUGAUAUCAGCAGUUACAUUCGUGUGCUGAGAAUGGGCUGCCGCAGCAUCGAGGUCAUCGUCUGGGAUGGCCCUGAUAAUGAACCGGUGGUGUACGUCGGUAGUUCUGUGGCCUCGCAGCUAGCAUUCUCCAAGGUCUUGGAUAUCAUUAACCAAUAUGCCUUUGAGAGCUCUGAGUAUCCCCUGAUUCUCUGUUUAGUUGCUCAUUGCUCCAUCCUUCAGCAGAGGGUUAUGGCCCAACACAUGAAAAAGAUUCUUGGGGACAGACUAUAUGUGGAUUCCCCCAACAAAGAGGAACACUACCUACCCUCACCUGAGAAACUGAAAGGUAAAAUCCUCCUCAAGGGUAAGAGACUAGAACCCAACUGCACUGACCUUGAGGGUGAUGUUACCGAGGAGGAAGAGGGUCUAGAGAUGUCAAGAAGAGUCGGAGUAGAUGAUAGGGACCAACUAAAUGGCCUAGGCUGCAAAAGACUCCGUUUGUGCAAGGAAUUGUCUGAUCUCGUGUCACUGUGUAAAUCGAUUCAGUUCAGGGACUUUGACGCCUCAAAAAGGGACCAAAAAUAUUGGGAGAUUUGCUCCUUUAACGAAGUUGAUGCAAAUAGGUUUGCCAAUGAGUUUCCAGAAGAAUUUGUCUGCUACAACAAGCGUUUUCUCUCCAGAGUGUACCCCACGCCGAUGAGAAUUGAUGCCAGUAACAUGAACCCUCAAGACUUCUGGAAAUGUGGCUGUCAAAUUGUGGCCAUGAACUACCAGACACCUGGCCUGAUGAUGGACCUCAAUCUUGGCUGGUUCCGACAAAAUGGAAACUGCGGCUACGUGUUGCGGCCAGCCAUUAUGAGGGAAGAAGUGUCCUAUUUCAGUGCCAAUGCUCGAGAUUCCCUGCCAGGGGUUUCCGCCCAGCUCCUUCACAUCAAGGUCAUCAGCGGGCAAAACCUACCCAAGCCUCGUGGGUCUGCAGCCAAGGGUGACGUGGUGGAACCUUACAUUUACGUGGAGAUCCACGGCAUUCCGGCUGAUUGCGCUGAGCAAAGAACCAAAACCGUGUCCCAAAACGGGGACAAUCCCAUUUUUGACGAGAGUUUUGAGUUCCAGAUCAACUUGCCGGAAUUGGCGGUUCUGCGUUUUGUGGUGCUGGAUGAUGACUACAUCGGAGAUGAGUUCAUUGGCCAAUACACUAUCCCGUUCGAGUGCCUGCAGCCUGGUUACCGGCAUGUCCCCCUACAGUCUCUAACAGGGGAGUUUCUACCCAACACCACAUUGUUUGUCCACGUCGCCAUCACAAACAGACGAGGCGGAGGAAAAGCCCAUAAGAGAGGUAUUUCUGUCAGGAAGGGUCGGAAGGCACGAGAAUACACCAACACCAAGACUACAGGGAUCAAAGUUGUAGACGAACUUUUCAGAGCGUCAACCCAACCCCUUAGGGAGGCCACAGACCUCAGAGAAAAUGUUCAGAAUGCCAUGGUGUCCUUCAAGGAGCUGUGCGGGCUGACGCCGGCCGCCAACAUGAAGCAGUGCAUCCUGACCGUGUCCACCUGGUUGAUGAACAGCGAACGUUCGCUACGGGUGACAGUAGACCUGAGUGAGACCUACCCCACUAUGGAGGCGCAGGGUCUGGUGCCUGAGCUGCUGCGCAAAGUGCUAAAUGCCUACGAUAUGAUGAUCCAAACCAGCAGAACGCUGAUUGAGUCAGCUGAUGUGGUCUACUCCAGGCUUGUGCAAGCACAACGUGCAGGUCUGGACUUCCACGAGGACCUACAUCGCAUCGGCGCAAAAGAGGGCUUGAAGGGACGCAAACUUCAAAAGGCCAUGGAGAGCUACGCCUGGAAUAUCACCGUGCUCAAGGGCCAAGCGGACCUGUUAAAGCACGCCAAAAGCGAAGCACUGGAUACCCUGCGUCAGAUCCACUGUGCGGCUCAGUCGUGUGGCCUCAGCAAGAACGGCGCAUCCUCCCCUCAGCUGCCGCAUCAUUCCCAGCAACACCAGACGCAGCCUCCGGCCAAGGCCCCGCCGCAGCCCCAGCUGUCUUCCCCCUCGCAAGCCCAACCCUGGACCGGACUUCAUUCUCCGCUUCCGCUGCUUCAAACUCAUCCCAAACCUCCCGCUUACACCCCUCCGCCUCCCCUGCCGCCGCACUUCCACUUCCAGCAGCAUAAGGCAGCCGCGCCUCUGGACUCCAUUACGGAGAAGGAGACGUUAAGCGAGGAUCCGGCGGGACCCUGCUGACCCGCAGCCUGUGCCCACGGAGACGAGCGCCCGAGAGAGAGUAAAAAUGAAGCGGGAAAAGGUCUGGAAAUGACACGGGAAGUCGCCAGCGGUAAAGAAAGCGAGAGAGAGCAAAGUGUUAAUAGGAUGAUAACCGUGAGGAGGAAAGGUCGUCGUGUUAGAAGCGAAACGCAAGUGUGAAGAUUUCCUGAGAGAGCAGGAGAAGACUUAAAUGUGUUUUCAGUCAUAAUACAUUCAUUUUAAAAACAUUUUCGGUAACACUUUAUUUUAUAUAGACCGUCAAAAUUAUGAUAUGACACGGUCAUGAGCUUGCAUGAAUGCUUAUGACAGAUGUCAUUAAAUGUCAUAUUAUGUCACUUUUGAAUGGAUGUAAAAGAUGCGGACUAGACUUAAAUUGAGUUAGUGACAUAAUUUUCUAGCUGACACUUAAUGAUAUGUCAUAAGCAGUGGUGGAUAAAGUACUCAUUUAUGUAAAGAUACAGAGGCAAAAAAAAAAAACUUAAAGCUACUAGGGCUGCAGCUAUCAAAUAUUUUAGUAAUCGAGUAAUCGACUGAAAAUUCUAUCGAUUAAUCGAGUAAUCGGAUAAAACAAAUAUAUUUUUAGGUGAAGAGCAAUUAUAAAUAUACAUGAGAAAACAAGACAUUUCAUCUAAUCUUGAACCACUUUCAGUCAAUCAAUGUCUUUAUUUUCGAUGUAUAUUGUAGCUAGAAUUAAAAAAAAAAGACUAAUUCACUGCUUUCACUCAAAAAACUUUUAGAUCUUAUUUAAAAAAAAAUAUAUAUAUAUAUAUAUAUAUAUAUAUAUAUAUAUAUAUUUAUAUAUAUUACCUAAAAAUGCCGUUACGCUUGAUAACACACAUCACUUAAAAGUUAGGAUUUUUUCCCUCGUGUUUCAAUUGAAUUUCUCUUUGUGUCAAGCCAUUUUUAAGUUCUAGUUAAGUUUUAAGUUAGUCUAAACUGUAAGUCCUGAUAGGAUUUAGAGUUUUUGCAGUGUUCAAAAUAAAUGUAUGAUACAGGCUGUACUGGAGCACAUUAAGGACCAGUGCUACUUGGUGUUUUAUCCAGCAAUGACUACUGAGCUAAAAUUGAUAGUUAGCAUGAUUAAGUUUUUAUUUUACACCCUCAUCACUCCACAAUGCUACGUUAUGUUAAAGCCUGUAUGUAAGACACGUUAGCCACGCAACGACAGUGGUCAUAAUUAAUUGAAACCUAGUCCUCCGCAGGGCUAACUUUACGUGAGCUAGUAGCGACAGUAACGUUAAUCUUAUUUAUUAGCGCUUAGCGCUCUUUAUUAGCGCUUAGCGCUGUACUGCUUUAAGAUGGCGGCUGUUUAAUAACGCUGCCCAGACGCGGCCGAGUCUGUCAUUGCGCAUCUAGUUCAACAUACAUGUGAUCUUUAUGAGACGCAUCAGACGCUAGCUGUUACCAACGUAGCAUCGUGGGGGCUAGUAUUUUGCAACGUCGGCGUCGUUUGUGGCGGCUGUCAGCUGCAGUAAGUUUUUUUUUUUCCCUUCUUCCUCUCCGCACGUGACAGCGCGUUGUCCCGCAUUAAAAGUAGUCCGAGCAAAACGUGAUGCUUAGAGCUGUCAAAAUAAACGAUUACUCGAGGUGAAUAAAAUUACUCGGAUCAGUUUUUAAACUCAAGUUGCUCGAGUACUCGUUUCAGCUCUAAAAGCAACACUUGGUAAGUUUUCAGUUUUGGUUGAUUUUAGUGACGCUGGUGGACAAAAGCGGUAGUAUUUUGCCUUAAGGAAGACUAUGUUUCCCAUGACGACCAGCGCUACGUUUGCCAUGAGGACCAGCGCACACCCGUACAGUGUCGUAAAAUCAUCAACUAAAGAUGAUCGAUCAGGUCCGAUCACGCGCUGCACGACCCACUCACGCAUUGUCGCGCUCAAUCUGUAAUGGCGACGUUUUACCUAUAUAGAGAGAUAAAAGGCAGCGUAAAAUGAGUAGAGUGAAAUUUGGCAGCCUUUGGAGCCUUUUUUUAAAUGGCUAAAGCCUUACAAUCCCUCUCCCUAUGAUUAGAAAUAUCAUGGGAUGCAAUGUGGGGAAGCAAGGUAGCGAUUGAUCUUUUUCUUAACACCUUAUAUUAUUUCUCAACGCAGAGAAGAUAUAUCAAUUGGCAGCACUACGCACAGUCAUGGUUCCACUUCCCAUCAUGCAUUUGGGCAUGGCUACAGUAUCAUUUACUGAAAGCUCAACAAAUACACUAGAUGGAAAUAUUUAGUCACAAUGUACAAAGUCACAAGUCUUUCUAUCCGUGGAUCCCUCUCACAGAAAGAAUGUUAAUAAUGUAAAUGCCAUCGUGAGGAUUUAUUGUCAUAAUAAACAAAUACAGUACCUAUGCACUGUAUGUUGAAUGUAUAUAUUCGUCCGAGUUUUAUUCAUUUUUUUCUUAAUGCAUUGCCAAAAUGUAUAUGAUCGGGAAAAAUUAUCGGAAAUUAUUGGAAUUGAAUCGGGAGCAAAAAAAAGCAAUCGGAUCGGGAAAUAUCGGGAUCGGCAGAUACUCAAACUAAAAUGAUCGGGAUCGGAUCAGGAGCACAAAAACAUGAUCGGAACAACCCUGUCAUCAACCAAUCAAAAAUCAAUCUCAUGGUUGCCUGCAGAUAGAUUUAACAACAUUUGUGUUUCCAGCAGCUGUGUGACAGAUAAAUAGUAAUAAGGUAAUGAAUCCAGUUGUGGCUAAGGCAUUUGACGGUUAGCGUCCAUGUAGCUUACCCCUCGACGUUUGGUUUUGGGUGUCACGCUAGCGAGCGAAAGCCGGGCCAAUGUUUAUUAAGUACAGUCCCUGACAAAAGUCUUGUCACUUAUCCAUUUUGUAGAAACAAUUGCUAAUAAUUAGGGCUGUCAAAAUUAUCGCGUUAACGGGUGGUAAUUAAUUUUUUUAAUUAAUCACGUUAAAAUAUUUGACGCAAUUAACGCACAUGCCCCGCUCAGACAGAUUUAAAUGACAGUACAGUGAAAUGCCCACAUGUUAAUUGUGUUUUAUGGAGUUUUGCCGCCCUCUGCUGGCGCUUAGGUGUCACUGAUUUUAUAGGCUUCAGCACCUAUGAGCCUUGUGUAAAUAAUUAUUGACAUCAACAAUGGCUGACUACUAGUUUAUUUUUUGAUUGAAAUGUUUACAAAUUUUAUUAAAUCGAAAACAUUAAGAGUGGUUUUAAUAAAAAAUUUCUAUAACUUGUGCUAACAUUUAUCCUUUAAGAACUACAAGUCUUUCUAUCCAUGGAUUGCUUUAACAGAAUGUUAAUAAUGUUAAUGCCAUCUUGUUGAUUUAUUGUUAUAAUAAACAAAUAUAGUCCCUAGAUACCGUAUGUUGAAUGUAUAUAUCAAUCUUGUGUCUUAUCUUUCCAUUCCAACAAUAAUUUACAGAAAAACAUGGCAUAUUUUAUAGAUGGUUUGAAUUGCGAUUAAUUACGAUUAAUUCAUUUUUAAGCUGUGAUUGACUCGAUUCAAAAUGUUAAUCGUUUGACACCCCUAAAAUACAGAUGAGCUGUCCCAAGCCGAUCGCGUAGUCUCACUCUCCCUCCCUCUCCCUCCCUGCUCUUUGUUGGUCAGGCAGUGCACUGGAGUUGCUUAUUAAAGUUAACGACGAUUGACAGUCAAAUAAAGUGUUAUUUUUAACCCAAAUAAAUCAACAAAUAAGCAGACCCAGGAUUCAAGAUGAGGGGAAAAAGUAGCAGAUUAUAAUCUGAAAAUUAGGGUUAUUUGUCGGCCAACACUUAUGACACAUCUGUCAUAAGCAUUCAUUGAAGCCUAUGACAGUGUCAUGUCAUAAUUAUGACGGUCUUAUGACACCACUGUCAAAUAAAGUGUUACCGAUUUUUCCCCCCUCAUGAAUACAUGUUUAGCAUUGUCCUCUUCUGCUUUCUCCAAACUUCUCUCUCGGAAUAACAUCCUUUUUCCAUACCCGCUCACGUUCUGUUCCGAUUCUACUCUGUGGGUACAGGCUCUCGUUUUGCCACUACAUUUUUUAUACCUUCACAUUUUUUAUUCCUCUUCUGGCAUCUGUAUAGCUCUAGUCUAGAACCAUCCUUUCUCAGGAGUUUAGUUUUGACGUCCUGGACACUUCACCUAAAAACCACCAUCAGAUGAUGUGACUCGACACAACCUUCUGUCAUUCGAUGUGAAAUUCUUAAAAUGUAAAAAAAAAAAAAAAAAAAAAAAAUGGAAUAAUAAGAGAGCUCCUGUAGACAUGUUGUAAAUGUUGAUAGACGCUUUUUUAAAAACUUUUAAUUCCGCAUUAUGUGAUUGUUUGGACAGUUGCCGCUCAAAGGGACUGCAAGGAUGGAUUAGCACCGCAACACCAGGGUUAAAAAGAAAAAAAAAAAAACUAAAAUAUAGAAUAUAUAUAUAUAUAUAUAUAUGAAGCCAUGUGUAUCACUGCAGAGUGAAUGUGGAUACUGUAAAGUGACCCAUUAAAAGUGGUGUCGUUGUUUAUCAUGUGUCAUAUUUUUGCGAUUUUGAAAUGGUGUCACUGUUUAUUUUUUUUCAUUUUCAUUUUUUAAAUAAACCUGUCCUGUUCAGCUGUUUGACACGGAGAAUGGAAGUCUAAGUGCCCGGUUGGUCUGAACAGUUUUAAUGUUUCACAUUGAGAGUAUGACAUACUCCCAUUGUGAUCAUUCAACAUACCUCGUUUAUUAUGACAAAGCAGCGAACAGGAUGGAGGUUAUGGGGGAACAGAAGAAAAGAAACGCAAGCCCAGAAAGAAAAUUCAAUUCAAUUCAAUUCAAUUUUAAUUGUAUAGCUCUGGAUCACAACAACGUUGUCUCAAAGGGCUUUGCAGAGGCAAUAUGAUACACAAUCAGAAACAGCAAAUGAAGCAUCAAAGAUGAAUAAAUAAAUUCAAGUCCUGGGUAUCCCCCAUCUUUAGACCCUCCAUGCCGGCAAGGAAAAACUCCAAAAACUCCAGAGUCUUUGGGAGAAAAUGAGAAACCUUGGGGAGUACCGCAGUCAGGAGAGAUCCACUCCCAGGACUGAUAGACAGGAAGCCCCAGGACCGCUAAUGGGAAUUACCAGGCGAAGUUACAGUCCGUAAAGAUGCAGAGGAGUAAAGGAACAAGAAGAGGUCCAUCUAGCCAGAUGAGACAGGGGUAGCAACGAGGACGUCCAUCCAGCCAGCAGGCAUGAAAAUCUCUCACCUUUCGGCGAAAUUCGCCGUUUUGAAGUCAAAAAGGAUGACCUACGUGAAUCAUGUAGAUCC